UUCUCUUUAUUUCUCAGACCAGCCAACACUUGGGCAAAAUAGAAAGAACCUACAUUGAAAUAUUGGGGGUGAGUUUCCCCAAUAACCUACUGUGUACCCAUAAAAAUUAAACAUUUUAAAAAAUAUGAUUUACCUAUCUUGUGUUUUGGUUCACAAGAACCACUGUCUCUCAUUCCAGGAUGAGAGCAAAGGAAGCACUCAGGAUAGCCCUGGAAAGGUAGUAUCCAGUUGGCCAGCUGCAUUCCAUCCUCCACCUGCAGCCACGGCCCAGGUGCCAAACUGGCUAAGGUGAUGAGGUCCAGAGAUAAUUACGCUGGCAGUGUCCACGCUGCCCCUGGACUCUAUCACUCCCUUAGCCUGCUCAUCUGCUGCCACUCUGUCCGCUCCUCUGCAUGUGAUUUCCUGUCCUUGCAGCUUGAUCUCAGUACAAUUUGCACAUACUUUCCCACUCAGGAAGAAUGUCUCCAUUCAAAUCCCUCGCAGGAUACAGUCUAUUUUGGAAGCCACUUAGUGGCAAAGAGUAAGCGAGAGAAGAAACAAACAGUGGGAGAAGAUGUCUCACGCACACUAAGUUUAGACCACCCCAAAACUGAGUCAGACGGCAGCUUUCUGAUGCCUCCCAGGGACAGCUGCUUCUCGGAGGAAGAGUAUUGCAUGCUGGCGUGGGUGAAGAUGUUUAAGCUUGAUUCUCCUUGGAAGCUCCAAUCAACCCUGCCCAGAACCGCCAGUCCCCACUUAGUCUUGGAGAGGAGACCCUGAAGUUGUGUUGGAGGCGUGGGAGAGGUGUGCACAGACGGUGGCGUGCAUUCAGGUGGCCACUUGCUCAGAAGCCACCUGGGUUGGAGGUGCAGCCUGUCCCCAGGCAGGACCCCUGGGGACAGACUACCCACUCAGGCGCCCCCGAUAACCAUUAUCAGAGCCUGUGGUGGUGUGUUCUGUUUCUUUUCUGGAAUCAUCAAGAGUCCUGCCUAUUCGUACUCAGACUACCCAAACAAUAUGCACUGUCUGUAUACCAUCACCAUUAGUGACGACAAAGUUAUCAAGCUCAAGUACGUAAGACAAAUUGGCUUUCUUAAGAAAAUCCUCUCAGCAUUAUUUACAGAAGAGCCAUUCCUUUAUUGUUGGAGAGCACUGAUUCUCAUUGGCAGUCUGGACGGAAAUCUACACAGAGGAGUGAGGUUCCUAGAUGAUAGUUCAGCCUGGGAAAUGACACUCCCCCUCUCCACACAAGCCUGUAGUAACUAAGGGUGAAAAACAAGCACUUACCAGUUAAAACAGUCAUUGUAGUUUCCCAGCACUUGUGAAGGAGCAUCAUAGAAUGGAUUGUCAAGGUAUAAACCCCUCUUGAAAUCAAAGCAGAGAGGAAGGGCAAGAGAAAGCGGUUGCCAUUUGUUGAAUAUUUAUCAUACACAAAGAACUUUGAUUCACACUUGCAAUAAUUGUCUCAUUUUAUUCUUAAAACAGUCAUAUGAGGUGUAUAUAUAGAUUAUAGAUUGGGAAUUGUAUAGAUUAUUCUGAUUUCACUGAUGAGGAAACUGAGGCUCAGAAGGGUCCAAUUGCUUUCCGAAAGUAACACACACAUAAAGAGUCAAAAUCUGAAUUCAUGCCAGGCUUCCUCCGAACACCAGGUCCUCAGUGUUUACCGAAACUGUCCUCAAAUGACACAUUUUCUUCUUUUUUAUUAUUUAUUUAUUUAUUUCUUUUGAGACAAAGUCUCACUUUGUGACCCAGGCUGGAGUGCAUGUUAGUCAGGCUAACAUGUCAAGUGAUCCUGACCUCAAGUGAUCUGCCCGCCUCAGCCUCCCAAAGUGCUAGGAUUAUAAGCGUGAGCCACCACGCCAGGCCUCCAAGGAUACAUUUUCUAACUACUUAAGAAAUCUAUUUUUAUUCCUGUAUCAGACCACCUCUAAACUGAUGCUAUAAGAGAUGACUUGCGUCCUUGGUCAAUUUUCUCCCCAGUCUUACCUAUUCCCAACAAGACUGAUGAGGGCAAUGCAACCUCCCAUUCUCCAGAAUGAUAAAGUUCAAGACUGUUUUCACCUAACAGCCUGUUUCAGUGGUGUACGGCAUGUGGUGGGAAACUCUGAAAGGUAAUAUAGUUCAUGGCCAUAUAGGACUUUGCAUAUAGAAGCCUGAUGGGCUAAGACCACACCUACCUACCUCCCCUCUAUUUGUCUGUUAUCAUUUUCUGCCCUAAAGAUCCUGUACUCCCUGCAGUUUACUUCCAAAGACCUCAUGUAUCAGUUGGCUCUCAAACUGAAAGACAUCUCUCAUCAAGCCUGAUUUGGUUCCUGUAUCAGGCAGUUAAGUGUUCUAUAGGCUGGACCUCAAAGAAAACUGCAGCUCCCACCUGGACUAUUUGUAGGAAAACAGAGCGUCCUUUAGGUCUUGGCGACAAAAGAACAAAAACUGUCA